AUGUGUGUCUUCUUAAAUGUACUCAGAGCCUCGGCUCAUCAGGUCCACAAGGAAGGAAAAGUAGUUCGACCAAAAUCAGUGACAUGCGGAGCUGAUCAUACAGGCACAGAUGAAACAGUGACAAUUACAUCUCCAAACUACCCAAGCGACUACAACGAUGGCGAUUAUUGUCAGUGGACAUUCCAGGCUCCGAUGGCUUCUCAUGUAUGUUUCGUUGGCUACAAAAUAGAGGCAGAUGCAUUUAUUCUUGAAGAUGACACUGGUUGCAGCUACGAUUCGCUGUCCAUGGCUGAUCCUUGGCUCAUCGAAGGGGCCAAUUUAACCAUAACAUUCCUUACGGAUGGGUCUGUCACAUAUCCCGGCUUCUCCAUCGAUGUCACUCCAGUUUUGAACCAAACUUGCGUUGGAGAUCUUCUCCCAAAGGAGUUUGAUUACCUUGAAUUCGUUCUUGACGAUGCCGUAUCCGAUCAUAAGAGUGACGACUUGAAGAACUUCUACAAAAUCAAACAACGACUUGGCUGGUUCAGUGACUAUGUUGACGCUCCUUGCGCUAACCCCGCCGGUGCUGGUCCAGGAAGGGGAUUUGCACCAGACUUCGUUGAGCCAACCAUCGCCAUCACCGAUCCAUGUCUUGCCGCUGAAACAUUCUACAACGCCCUUCUUGGUUACUACGAUGACUACGUCUGCCUUGAUCGAGUUGAAGAAAGAGGGGUGACGAAAAAUUCUGCCCAAAAACUUGCAAAAGCGAAAAACUCUUCAACCGAAUCUUGA